AUGCAAAUCUUCAAGACUGAGUCCCAGGCGGGGUGGUUCGCAAGAUUCCCGAAGUUCAAUCACAAUCCGGACGCCAAGGUCAGCGACGAGUUCAAGCGCCUUGGAGAGCAGCGAGGUUGGAAGCCCAGCUCUCGUACCUGGAAAAAGAACUGGCGUGAAUGCUGGAACUACGAAUAUGAUCGUCUCAUCGGCCACCGGGCCACUAGCCUCGCUACAUGGCAGCAGAUGUGCGCCAAGUUGGGCUUGGAUAAUACCAUGCCCUCCAUCAGGAAGUGCAAAAAGGCUUUGUCGAGGGUCUUCGUCAACAUAAUCGAUCUCCUCGAAUGCUGGGACAAGGAGGAGCAGCCUCGCCUUUUCAGCAGCCAGAAGGAGCUGUCCAAGUACGCGAAGAAGGGUAAGGGUAAGACUUUCGGCCGCGAGAUCGCCAAGCAAGACAAGGUCCUCCGUGUCCUGCUCAAGAAGCUCUAUUGA